GAAACAUGGGCUCCUUCACCACCCCUGUGAGCACUUUGGACUUUGUUUUAGCCCCGAGGGCCUUUGGACUUGUGUGGAGAUAGCGCUACAUCAGCGACAGUCCCCACGAGGGCUCUUUGAUUCAGUCGUUGAUGGAUACGCCAGAACCCGAAACCCAAACUCUCGUGAGGCACCCCAAUGAGCAUGAAGGCCUCUCAUUGUUCGCCCCACUAGAGGUGGAAGGCGAACACAGCUCGGUUGAGUCAUCGGAGGACAAGGUGAAUGGAAAAGACUUUGCUCAGCUUGAUGAUGCCUUUCUAGAGGACCCGGAGGCCCUGGACAGCGUUACAUCAAGAAGCAAAGAUGAACCGGGCUCUCCUUGUUUUUGCUCAAUGCCGAUACAAAUUGUUGAAGAGGACUCCGAGGAUGACAGCUAUGAGGAGUUUAUGAGGCUUGGCAUGGAACUAACUGAGCCAGUGCCACGUCGUGAGCAUAAAAAAGUCAUGCGGUCUAUUGUAUGUGUUGUUGUUUAUGCUGUCCUUAAUCACUGCCUUAGGGAAAAGCUUUUUGAAGAUUGUGAGGGCUGUGUCAUAGAUGUGCCAGCCCAACGGCACCAUGACUGUGUGACUUGGACUUCAGUAGAUAUAAACUCCAAGCUCUGGGGCCUGUGUGCUGAGUUGUAUUUGGAAAGAUUAUUAAACACUGUUCUUGCCAUAGGUUAUGCUAUGCAAUGUCUGUGCCUAACCCAAAAACAUUUAGCGUAAGGGGUGACCUUGAUAAAUGCUGUGCAAUUUAGUGCAGACCCUGACCGUGUUUUAAAGAAAAUGACCAAACCGGAAGAUGCCUGUGUCACAUUAUUGACUUGAACUGGGACCGUAUAGAACAUGGUUGCAACCAAGGUCCUGUAGUGGCACCAAAUGUUAGGUAAAGG